CCCCCACGAUGAUGCUGAGCCCGGACCAGGCGGCGGACUCGGACCACCCGUCGUCGGCGCCGUCGGACCCAGAGUCGCUGGGCGCGGAGGCCAAGGCGCUGGGCUGCUGCGCCUCGGACCUGGAGCCGGUGGAGGAGGAGGAGGAGGGCGGCGGGGGGCGGCCGACGCUGCACCCGCAGCAGCUGAGCCGCGAGGAGAAGCGGCGGCGGCGGCGGGCCACGGCCAAGUACCGCUCGGCCCAUGCCACGCGCGAGCGCAUCCGCGUGGAGGCCUUCAACCUGGCCUUCGCCGAGCUGCGCAAGCUGCUGCCCACGCUGCCCCCCGACAAGAAGCUGUCCAAGAUCGAGAUCCUGCGCCUCGCCAUCUGCUACAUCUCCUAUCUCAACCACGUGCUGGACGUGUAGGCGGCGGGGCUGAGUCCCACCCCUGCGCCGAGCAGGGCCAGGCCCGCCGACCUCCUCCCCGUGUCCCCGCCACCUCUCCGGCCAGCCUGGUGCGGGGCCUCGCUGCCCUCCGCCGAGAGAGCUUUUCCUGACAUCUCAGUGAGGGCGGGCUCUCCUCCCCACCCCCAGGCCUGGAGCUAAGCCUUGGGGAAAGCUUUGAGCACUGGGGGACCAGACCCUGGAGAUGCAUCUGCCUUAACUGCUGAGCAGCCAGCUAGAAGGACCCCCCCGCCCCUUCGUCCCCCCUCAAGCCAGCCAGCCAGCCAGCCAACAUCCUCCUCCCCUAAGUUGUCCCCCUUGCUGUCUCUCUAGGGUGGCUUGGGAUACUGUGCAGGCCAUGCUCCCCCCUGUCUGAGGGAGAGUUCAGUUCAUCCCCCCUCACCCCCAAACUGGAACCAGUCCCAACCUCCAAGCAGAGAAGAGGUGGCACGUAUUUCAGAGGAAAGCCUUGGCUGCUCAGUUCCCCCCACCGGCCACCCAAAACCCCUGAAGCACUGGCUGGCUAGCUUAAAGAUGAGCAGGUGCUGAAGUGCUUUGCUGGGGAAAUUGCAGCCAUGGAAGGGUUGAAGGACAGCUAACUGUCCAGAGAAGGAAAAAAGAAAAAGGGCAAGGGCAGAUGCAUUUCCAAAGUCUUCUUGGGGGGGUGUAAAAAUAAUCUUGAAUCAUUUUGCAAGGGUUUCUUUAAAGAAAAAGAAAAAAAAUCCUCUCCCGCCAAUAGUGCAUUUUUUGGUGGCCCAAUAUAGAAAGUCCAUUUUUAGCACAGAGCUGUAAGAUCAGAUUGGGCUGUUGUUUUUCUUUCCAGGCUGUCAAGUGCCCCUUUAUAGAUCCAAAAAACCUGAAAAACAAAACAUCGACUUGUGACCUUAAACGUGUGACCCAUGGGUGCAGUUACAAAUCACUAUUUUUUAUUUAUGUUACAAGGAGUAGACACCUUUUUUUUCCCCAAGACCUAUUUAUUUUUCUGAGUGGUGGCAAUUUUACUUUGGAUACUUUGUGCCAAUUGGUUUCUAUAGUCAAGUGUUUACACUUCUUCCUGUGGAAUAUUAUGUCUCACUUUUUAAGUGUUUGUUGGGAUCAAUACAGUGGUUUUUCUUUUCUUUUCUCUUUUCUUUUCUUUUUUUCUUUUUGCUCCAAUUAUAUUGCACUUGUAUACAACAAAACCCUCCCUCCCUCCCUGUUUCUAAGCAUAUUUUAUAUAUUAAGAUGUUUGUUCUUGAAUGUUUUUCUUUGUGUGUGCGUGUGUGCGUGAGAUCAACAACACUAGCACUUACCUAGAGGGUUUUUUUAAUACUUGUUAUCUGAAGCUAUAGUUACGUCUGAAGAGUAUUUUGCAAACAGUUUAUAAGGGAAGUAGU